CAUCCACUAACAGCUUGACAGCGUGGUCCUCGGUCUGCGUGAAACGGACUCAAAACAAACCGAGAACAGUCUCUCCGGUGCCCAUGUGGUUUAUUUGUAGUUCAUGAUGGAUCUUCCGUGCGUCCGGUGGCAAGAUCACGUUGCACAGAAGUGGACCAGACUCGGCCCCGAGCUACAGGAGAAGUUUACAUCCCUGCUUGAAGUAGAUGAUGUUUUCAAAUGCGCCCUAACUCUGACAACCCAAGAUGAUCUGGACUUGGUGCAGUCGAUCUCCGCAGGACACUCUGUGCAGAAGGAUGCAGAGCAAGCAGCCAAAUACAGAGAGACAGGCAACUCCAGCUUCAAGACCAAGGACUACACUGCAGCCUCUCUGCACUAUUCAAAGGGCAUAUGUUUUGCACCUCGAAGUUCGGAGCAGCUGUCUCUGUGCUACGCCAACCGCUCUGCUGCGCUCUACCAUCUGCAGCACUACCAGGAAUCCCUUGAUGACAUUGACAAAGCUCUAAAGAACAGCUAUCCCUCUCAUCUCUUGCACAAACUGGAGGACCGUCGCACACAAUGCCUCAAGCACCUCUCUGUAGGUCAAAAGGCAAAAGAGGAUCAUCACAAUCCUGCCUCAAAUAGUCAUAUAUAUCCAGACAGAGUAAACAGGGCAUCUGCUGGACCUCUGAAGUUUGGUAUAUGUCCUCAAGCUGCUGUUGGCUCCAGCCCGGAGAAAGGUCGACACCUUGUGGCUGCAGAGAGAAUAGCAGCCGGGGAGGUGAUCCUUCAUGACAGGCCAUACAGCUGUGUCCUUAUACCAGGGAUGGAGGAGGUGAAAGGGAAGGGAGGGAGGCAGGAUGCAGAGAGAGGAGUGUUGCUAGGAGUGGAGCACAGGCGCUGUCACAGGUGUUUGACUGAAACGCUGUGUCCCGUGCCGUGCAAGGGAUGCAGUUACAGCCGAUACUGUUCAACUUCCUGUCAGCGAGACGCCUGGGAGGAACAUCACCGCUGGGAGUGUCCACUGGGAGCAGAUCUGAUGGCGAUGGGUGUGAUGGAACAGCUCGCUCUGAGGGUAACACUAAAGGCGGGGUUAAAAAACAUCCAAAUGGCCAGGGAUCCAAUCAGAGACGAGCAUGCAAAAUCAGAGCCAAGCUGUCCAAACGGAGAGUGCAGUGAUUCCCGUCAACCCGAUCCUUGUACUUCAUACUACGGUGACUCUUACCCGAGCGUGUUUCACUUACGGCACCACCUGGAUCACCACAGCCCCGGUGUGCGUUUCCUGUGUGCGGUUACCGUAGCGACACUCUACCUGAAGCUCAGCAAGGCAGGACCUCCACCUACAUCUUGGGACCUUAGUAGACCCUCAGGGGCGAACGGCCAACCACCAGACAAGCAGGGAGGUAUCGCAGAUUGGAGCUCGGAGCUGUGGCUGCUGGGAAGUGCAGUUCUGAGGCACGUCCUGCAGCUGAGGUGUAACGCCCAGGCAAUCCUCACGCUGCAAGAUACAGGAGCUGCAAACUCACCAGUGCAGUCCAGCAGGGAAAUCCGUAUUGCUACGGCAAUAUUCCCAACUCUCAGUCUUCUGAAUCACUCCUGUUGUCCCAACACCAGUCUGGUGUUCAGCACUGGAACCAGUUUGUCUGCAGACGUCGGUGAGAGUGUGGCUGAGUGCGGAAGCACGGCCCGCGGAGUCACCGUGACUGUCAGAGCAGCCAAAGCUAUCACUCCUGGAAAAGAGAUCCUGCACUGCUAUGGUCCUCACAGUAGCAGGAUGGCGACCCAAGAACGCCAGCGUCUCCUGCAGGAACAGUACUAUUUCCUGUGUCAGUGUGAGGCCUGCACCCUGCAGCAGCAGCAGCAGGAGGAAGAGGAGGAAGGUUCAGAGGGCAGACAGCGGUGGUCUGGAUUUCUGUGUGGCAAGUGCAAAGGAUCUCUCAAAAAAAGCAGCGAGGAGAGAGGAUUUCUAUGUUCGCAGCCGUCCUGUGGUCAUCGUAUGUCUUCAUCUGAAGUGAGCGACAGGCUGCAGGAGAUCAGGGUUGACCUGGAGAAGGCUGUGGAGCUGAUGGAAAGAGAGAGGCCAGAUGAGGCCCUGAAGCUGCUGAGAAAGACCCAGAGUCAGUCCGAACUGUUCCUUGCAGUGACACACCCGGUACAAGGGGAGCUCGAAGAUGCCACGGCUAGAGCGUAUGCUACAAUGGGUGACUGGAAUAACGCUGCCUCCCAUCUGGAGAGAAGUGCCGUAGCCAUUUGCUCCCAGUACGGAGAAGACAGUAUUGAAUUGGGUCGACAACUCUUCAAAUUAGCUCAGCUACACUUCAACGGUGGUGCCAGAGGCCUGGCCCUCUCUGUCAUCCCCAAGGUCAGACAACUCCUGUGCCUUCACGGUGGCCCUCUCUGUCCCGAAUUACAGGAGCUGCAAGAUAUGGAGGACUGUCUACAAGAGUAGUCUCACAUAUACACAAGAGACAAAAUCUUCACAAUAUUCUUACAGUUUUGAAGUGAUUAAAAUCAGUGAAAAUGUG